CUGGCCCCGGAAGACGGGCACUUGCGCGGCCCUGAGGCCUUCUGACCAGCUGCCCGGGCCUCAGAGCCUCGGGGACUCGUUCGCGCCCUCGGGUGCAGAGGGCGUGGCGGCGUCCCUGAGCUCCCGCGCCGGGCGGCUACAUCGGAACCACGUGGCCAGGACUGGGUACACCGCCCCGCGCGCCCCCGGUGAACUUGGCCCCGCCCCCGCCCCCGCGCCUCCCCGUUCCGCGCGCCUCCAACACCGCCCCGGCCCCGCGCUCCUCUCGCUCGCGCCGAGCAGUUGUCUUAGUUGCCCCCAGACAGCCCCCAUGGAGCCCAGAAUGUGUGGCGGACUGGUGGAGAGGUAUGUGGCUGCCAUGGUGCUGAGUGGAGCUGGAGAUGCCCUGGGGUUCUUCAACAGGAAGUGGGAGUUCCUGCAGGAUGGGGAGAGGAUACACCAGCAGCUGGCAGAGCUGGGCGGCUUGGAUGCCAUCAAUGUGGAGUGCUGGAGGGUCAGCGACGACACAGUGAUGCACCUGGCCACAGCAGAGGCCCUUCUGCAAGCCGGGAAAGGUCCCUGCCUGGCUCGGCUGUACUCAAUUCUUGCUAAGCAUUACCAAGACUGCAUGGAGGACAUGGUCGGCCGGGCACCAGGUAAGACCUCAGUGCACAACAGCAUGAGGCUGGAGCCGGACAAGGCCAAUGGCUGGAGGAUUCCCUUUAACAAUAAUGAGGGUGGCUGCGGGGCUGCCAUGCGGGCCAUGUGCAUUGGUCUCAGGUUUCCUCACCUCAGCCAGCUGGACACACUGAUCCAAGUGAGCAUCGAGAGCGGCCGGAUGACCCACCACCACCCAACAGGCUACUUGGGCGCCCUUGUGUCUGCUCUUUUUACAGCCUAUGCUGUGAAUGGCAGACCACCCUGGGAAUGGGGAAAAGGACUGAUGGAGGUACUGCCAGAAGCUAAAAAGUACAUUGUCCAAUCAGGCUACUUUGUAGAGGAGAACCUUCAACACUGGUCCUACUUCCAAAAUCAGUGGGAAAAGUACCUGAAACUUAGAGGGAUUUUGGAUGGCAAGUCUGCCCCUGUCUUCCCCCAGCCUUUUGAUGUGAAGGAGAGGGAUCAGUUCUACACUUCCCUGAGCUACUCUGGCUGGGGCGGUAGCAGUGGACACGAUGCCCCCAUGAUCGCCUAUGAUGCCAUCCUCGCUGCAGGGGACUCAUGGAAGGAGCUCGCCCACCGCGCCUUUUUCCAUGGUGGGGACAGUGACUCCACUGCAACCAUUGCUGGCUCCUGGUGGGGGGUUUUGCAUGGCUUUAAAGGAGUGAGUCCUUCUAACUAUGAGAAACUAGAAUACAGAGAGCGGCUGGAAAAGACCGCGAGGGCUUUGUAUUCUCUUGGGUCAAAUGAAGACACUGUGAUCAGCUUUUAGGGAGAUAAGAGGUUCAUUUCUCAUGGUUUGUUCUUUCACGUAGUCUCUUUUCUGCUCAGUUUCUUUUCACUUUUUCUAAAGUCAAGAAUCUUAACGAUGUACUGAGGGAGUUUUGAGAUUAAAAAGUCCCCCAAGGCAACUUGAGCUCACUUUUUCCAUACUCAUCCUGUUCUCCCUGAAUUGAUCUCUCUUUGUGUAAUGAAGAGUCUUUUAUCUUUAUUGAUGGGGCCAGUGUCUCCCAAGCUAGAAAUCUCAUAGCCUCAUAUUUGAUAGUUCUGAAAGUUUUUUCUUUCCUGAUUUACUUCAGUUGAGUCUCCCACCCCCACCCCUUCCCCAAGUGUACUCGAUGACAAGGAUUUGAGUGCAAGGAGUUAAUUUGGGAGGUGAUUCUAGGAAGCACCAGUAGGAGAAUGGGGGAAGUGAGACUUCAAGGAAAGGGAGCAACACAGGGUGUGUGAAUGAGCAGGUUUCCAGUGGAGCAGCUGGGGUGCAGUCCCCUGCCUAAGACAGUCCUCAGAAUUGUCCCACCUAAAAGCAAGUGACCCGAAGUAUUUACCUACUGACUUCCAUCCUACAUUGGUUGAAGACCAUUCCUAAGGAUGCUCACUCCCUGGUACUUGGCUUGCCUUUGGUGAAAACCAAAUAUGAAUGUCUUGAGAUAAAGACUCAGAGAUGCUCACAAGGGCAAGCUGUAAGAUGUCUGGGCACGGUGAGGGAUACACACAGCAUCUACUAGGUUAUUCUACCUCUUAACAUACUUUAAAUUUAUCACCUCUUUCACUUUGUUGCACUGAAUAUUUUUCAUCUGGAUUUCUGAAAUCCAAGCUAUGCAAGCCCAGCUGGUUGCUAUUCCUGGCUGUUCUCAGGGCUUCCCUCAUCAUGUCCCCUAAUGUGUUACCCUUUUGUUAUUGUCCAUUUGGUUGUCUUCUCCAGGCAGAACCUAGCAAGGUGCAUGGGCACACAGUGGACGCCUGAUCACUAUGUACUAAGUGAAUGUUGCUAACCAAACUCCUGUCUGGUCCUUCCCUCAGAGUUGUCUUCACAAAUAACAAAUUAUCAGAUUCCAGUGAGUACACUGGCCCCUUUCUUCAUUUCUUGAUGCUCUUCUCUUUCUUUUCCCACCUGGUAAAUUCUUACUUAUCCUUCCAGACCCAAUUCAGGCAAAACCUGCCAGGUGAACCUUCUCUGAUUAUCCAGGCUUUUUUCAAUACAAUCACAGAACUACAACUCCCAUGAUUCUCCUUUAGGGCCCUGGUUUUCAGCUGGGGCGAGAGGAGGUCUGAUAACAGCACCCCAGUGACCUCCUAGUUAGUCCCACGGGGAUUGUUUUCCUGGGUCUCUGUAAGAUACAGUGCAGGAGGUGUAAGAGGUUAGGUCUGGGGGGAAGGGAUGUCUUAGCAUCUGUUUUCUGGUGUAAUGCUUCAGCCACAAUGGGAGACAGCAGGAAAAGACUGUACAGAUUCUAUUAUAUUUGUUUGCUGAUUUUCACUCUUCAUCACAGGCACAUUUUUAAAAGUUUAGACUUUCAGACUCCUUUUGCUCAAACUGCAAAGCCUCCUCUUAAGGGAGGUUAAUGGGGGGUGGUUAGAUAGGAUAAAAAUGUUUUGAAUUCCACCCAAAUGUGAAACUAAGGAGGAAGACAGGGCAAGGAGGUAUUGGGUGGGUGAAAAUUAUCAAAGUAUAUUAUGUACAUGUAUGAAUCUGCCAAAGUGAAACCUAUUAACCUGUGUAACCAAUGAGUACUAAUAAAAAAUGUGGGAAAAAUCCUCUUUCCAAAA